AUGAUCAGUCUUGGAACUGGCAAAGCAGUGCCAGGCAGAAAGGUGAGCUCGCUUGGGCGAAUCAAGUCCAAAUCUGGGCAUAUAAGUUUUGGUCACCAUCGCAAAGACGGGUAUCGGAGUACCAUUGUGACUGUGUCAUCGCAGUUGCAUCAAGAACGUGUUCAUCGCCUUGUGGCAUAUGCUUUUCUUGGGCCUCCACCAGCUCCAGAGCACACGCAAAUCAAUCACCGGGAUAUGAAUAAAAGCAACAAUGCAGUUGGAAAUCUGGAGUACGUAACUCCUCGUCAAAACAAUUUGCAUCGUGUUGCCAACCUCAAAGGCCCAAACUCCUUGUGGAAGCCUGUUCUUGGCCGAGCGUACGCGAGCCAAGAGAAGUGGAGGCACUUUCCUUCCAUCAAAGAAGCCGCGCAGACCCUGGGUUUGCACGCAAGUAAAGUUGGAAUGUGCGCCCGGGGUCGGCAGAAGCGCACCGGUGGCUAUGAAUUUAGGUUUGCCAAUGCAGGGGAAACUGCAGAGGCCAAGUCCCUGCCCGGAGAAGAGUGGCGUGACGUGGAUUUGGAGGCCCAUCUCCGAGAGCGGGGGAUGCGGAGUCCCGAUUAG